GUCGACUUCUUCGACAUCUACGCCUUGGAGCUUUCGUGUCGCUUUGGCUGCAAACUCCUAACGUGGGAAAUUUCCCGAGGUCCCACUAUUGGAAGGGCAUCGUUGCCGGCACACCCGGCGACGUUUUCCCUUCUCAUAAUUUGGUGCGUUGCGAUCCGAACUGUUCGGCAUCCAUACUGGCUGCUCGUUCAGGCCAAGGAUUGAUUGACAGGCUUGUAGAUUGGAGGAAACCCAAGAUGGCUGAAGAGUUCAAUCACGUCUUCUUCGGGCUUUCGUCCACGGUCGGCCGCUUGAGGAUGUCGGAAGGCGGCCUAGGCUGGAAGCCUGCUGGUGGGGAAGGCUCAACGGUAACCGAGGUGGCAGACAAUUUCAAGUCCUUUGAAUGGCUAAAAGUCGCACGAAAUUACCAAUGCCGCAUCAAUCUUCGCAAACGAAAUGAUCGCGGGGAGGAUCGCAUGACAUUCGACGGCUUCUCACGCGACGACCGAGAGCGGCUUGCUGCAACGAUCAAGUCGUAUUACGGGAUGACGCUAACAGAUCGCCAGAUUUCAACACGAGGAUGGAACUGGGGCAGUGCUGAGAUUGAACAGGACGACGUGCAGUUCCUCGUGAACGAGAAGCUGGCAUUUGAGGUGCCUCUCUCGCACAUUGCCAACUCAAACGUGGCGGGCAAGACGGAAGUGAGCAUCGAAUUCAUCAACCCAGAGCAGCAGCAGCCCACCACGAACAGCGGAGCAGCGACGAACGGGGACCGAAAGUCUACCAAGAUCAGAGGCGAUCAGCUGGUGGAAAUGCGCUUCUUCAUUCCAGGCAACGUUGAAAAGGGGAGCAAUGUGGGCAGCGAUGCAGAGGAUCAGGAGGAGCAGACGGCAGCCAGUGCAUUUCACGAACAGCUCAAAGCCAAGGCGGACAUCGGUCAAGUGGCCGGCGACGGCAUUUUGCUGUUCAAGGAUGUUCUUGUGCUCACGCCGAGAGGGCGGUACGACAUUGACAUGUUCUCGUCCUUCCUGCGACUACGGGGCAAGACGUACGAUUACAAGGUGCUCUACUCGUCCAUCACGCGUCUCUUCCUAUUACCCAAACCGGACGACGUGCACGUGCAAUUCGUCGUCGGCUUGGACCCGGCGAUCCGGCAGGGGCAGACCAAGUACCCAUACCUGGUUCUGCAGUUCCCGCGCGAGGAGGAGAUGGAUGCCGAACUCAACCUGGACGAGGAGGUGAUCCAGGACAAGUACGAGGGAAAGCUGAAGAAGCGGUACGAGGAGCCGACGUUCAAGAUUGUCACGAAUUUGUUCAAGGUGCUCUCUGGACAGAAGCUAACGGUGCCGACUUCGUUCGAGUCGAGCACGGGGCAGUCGAGCAUCAAAUGCAACGUCAAGGCGACAGACGGUCUGUUGUACCCGCUGGAGAAAGCGAUGCUUUGGGUGUCCAAGCAGCCGGUAUAUGUCGCGUACGCGGAUGUGCACCAGAUUGUCUUUUCGCGCGUCGGCGGCGCCAUAUCGUCGAGCAAGACAUUUGACCUGCGCGUCAUCACCAAGAGCGGGCCCGAGCACCACUUCCAGAGCCUCAACAGGGAGGAGCACGAGAAACUGAACUUGCACUUUGCCGAGCGCAAGUUGCGCAUCAAGAACGAGAUGGCCGAGACGGACGGCGCCCUUGGCUUGCAAGUCGCCGCGGGCAUGCUCAGCGACGAAGACGAAGAGAUGGGCGCCGCUGGCGAUGACGAUGACGAAGACUCUGAGGAGGACGAAGACUUCCAAGAGGGCUCAUCCGACGAGGACGGCGGUUCUCCGUCCGAAGCAUCAGAUGACGAGGACGGUGGCGCCGGCGGAAAGGGCGGCGGCAAAGGGGACGACUCUGAUUCCGACGCUGAGAUGCGCAACAUGGACAGCCCGCCGAAAAAGAAGAAGCGCAAAUCGUAACAAUGUCUGUUGUCGGAAAAGCAUCAACAGGGCAGACCCAAGCAAGGUGGAGCGAAUGGGCGAAGACAUGCACGAUGUAUUGUGCGCCAGCAGCUGUCAUCUUCCCCAACCUUGGCGCGUGUUGCAUUCACACAAAAAAGAACUUGUGCAGCAAU